AUGUUGAGCAUGAAUGCCUACAAGAUAGCGACGGAUGCAAAGGAUGGCCGCGGAGCAGCCGAAGGAGUCGCACGGGAGCCGAACGGGACUCAGAACCCUCGCGCAAACGGACCCGCGUCUCACUACCCCGAACCCAGUGGCAGUCCGUGUGGGGAAGAGCCAGCUCCAGGUGUGCCUGGUUUUCAUGGAAACCUAAAGUCGUCUCAGGGAGCUAGUCCUCAGGGCGUAGUUCUUAGGAAGGAAGCCUUGCACUCCCUCAAACUAAGCCUCCCCAUGCAAGAAACGGAUUUGUGUUCUGCAGACUCUUCGCUUCCACUGGAGAAAGAGGAACAAAUCAGGCUCCAGGCGAGACGGCGUCUUGAAGAACAACUCAAACAGUACCGCGUAAAAAGGCAUCAGGAAAGAUCUUCGGCCAAAACCCGUCCCUCCAGCACCCUUGAUCCCGAGCUGAUGUUACAUCCAGAGACCUUGCCGAGAGCCAGCACUGUAGCUAUGACCAAAGAAUACUCUUUCUUGAGAACCAGCGUCCCCCGAGGACCAAAAGUCGGAAGCUUAGGACUUCCAACCCACACGAAAGAGAAAAAAGGUUCCAAGUCUUCCCGAUCAAACAGGAUCCGGUCUCUGGCCGAUUAUAGAACUGAAGAUCCAGAGGAAAAUGCUGGAGUCUCUCUUCCAGUUGCCAAUUCCUCGCCUGGCAGGUCUCUAACACGGAAUCAAAACAGCCUGACCUCCGUGGUGUCUGAGAUCAGGCUGACGCCCGAUCCGGACGACCGGCUGGACCGCUCCUCUUUGGCAGGAGACAACGUGUCGGAAAUCGACGGAAGCGAAGUCGGAACCAAGCUAGAUGGCAACGAGAGCGACAGUUCUACAUACAGCAGUGUAUCGGGAAGGGGACAAUACAGCGCUUUAUUCGGCGCAGAGAGCAGCCAGGGUGUUUCGGUCCUGGUCAAUGGCCAAGAGGUUCCUUUGGAUGCUGUUGGACAGUUUCCUUCCAUCCGAGAAGUGCUACAGGCAGCUGCCACGGAACAUCACACUCAAGAUCCAGAAGUCAACGGAGAAGCAAGGAGCCGGAGAGACAGUAUCUCGAGCAGUGUAUCGAUGGAGAGUUCCGUUUUAGGGACCCACGAUGAAAUGUUGCAGAUCCUCAAAGAGAAAAUGAGACUUGAAGGACAACUAGAAGCGCUGUCAUUAGAAACCAACGAGGCUCUCAAAGAAAAGACAGAACUACAAGCCCAGCUUGCUGCUUUGCACAUGAAGCUCCAGACCCAGGCAGAACACAGCCAGACCAGCCAGCAGAAACAGGAUUCGCUGAACUUGGAGGUGGCCAACUUGAAACAGUCGUGCUGGGACUUGGAGCGAGCGAUGGCGGACCUGCAGGCGGCCUUGGAAGCCAAGAACGCUGGCCUGGCCGCUUCCAAUAAUGACCUCAAGGUAGCAGAAGAACAGUACCAAAGACUGAUGGGAAAAGUGGAAGAACUGCAGAAGAACGUCCUUAGCAAAGACAGCACAGUUCACGAUCUCCGGGAGCAGCUCUCGUCUUUACAAAGCCAGCUCCAGCAGGUGCAGCUGGAUCGCACCACGCUGACCAACAAGCUGAAGUCAUCCCAGGCGGAGAUCGCCUCUCUGCAGAAAGUUCGCCGCUGGUACCAGCAGCAGCUGGCCGUGGCCCAGGAGGCGAGGAUAAGGCUGCAGAGCGAGAUGGCAAACAUACAGGCUGAAGAAAUGACGCAGGUGGGCUUGCUGGAGCAUCUGAAAUUGGAGAAUGUCACCCUCUCACAUCAGUUAACAGAGACUCAGCACCGAUCCAUCAAAGAGAAGGAACGUAUAGCAACGCAGCUGCAGAAUAUUGAGGCUGACAUGUUAGACCAGGAAGCAGCUUUUCUGCAGAUCCAAGAGGCCAAGACCAUGGUGGAAGAGGACUUGCAGAGAAAACUGGAGGAGUUUGAGGAUGAGAAGGAACAGCUUCAGAAAAUGGCCAGUUCCUCAGCCGCGCUUGAGCAGGAACUAGAAAAGGUGAAGUUGACAUUACAUCAGCGAGAUCUUCAGAUCGAGGCUUUGCAACAGGAGCAGCUGGACCUCAUGAAACAGCUGACCUCUACUCAGGAGACCCUGGAGACCCGAGAGGAGUCCCUGAGCAGCCUGCAGGCCCGUUACGAUGAGCUGGAGGCAAGGCUGGCCGAGUUGCAAGGGGAAGCUGCCUCGAAGGACGACACCAUCCGAUAUCUGCAGAACGAGAAGAUUGUCUUGGAGGUCGCCCUGCACGUCGCGAAAGCAGGCAAGGAAGAACUCGAGGACGGAGUCCAGCAUUUAGGAGACAGCGCUGAAGCUGCCUCAGAUGUCUUGGAGCAACUGAGGCAAGACGUAGCUGUCAAAUCAAGCCAGGUGGAGAAUCUGCAACAAGAGAGUUCAACUCUCAAGAAGCAAAUGCAGAAGGUGAAGGAACAGUUUCUUCAACAAAAGGUAAUGGUGGAAGCUUACCGCCGUGACGCCAGUUCAAAGGAUCAGCUAAUCAGCGAACUGAAGUCCACAAAGAAGAGGCUGGACUCUGAAAUGAAGGAGUUGAAACGGGAGCUUCUUCAGCUUCAGGGCGAGAAGAAAUCCGUAGAGAUGGAAAACUCAAGGUUGGAGAAAGAAGUAUCUCGAGUCCAACAGCAGAUGGAGGAAUUGGAGAACCAGCUGCAUGUGGCACAGCGAGAACGUGAUGGCAUGGAGGCAGAGCUGAAGGCCUUGCAGUUUGACAGAGACCAGAUGUCUGCUCUUGCUGAGGUGAACGAAGCGUUAAAACGACAAGUCGAGGAAAUGCAGCAAGAAACGAAAACGGCUAUUACUGAGCAGAAGCAGAAGAUGAAGCGCCUGGGCACAGACUUGAACUCAGCCCAGAAAGAGAUGAGAGCAAAACACAAAGCCUACGAGAACGCGGUUGGGAUCCUUAGUCGGCGCCUGCAGGAAGCUCUCACCGCGAAGGAGUCGUCCGAAGCAGAGCUGAGCAAGUUGAAGGCACAGAUCUCUGACAGCGGGAAUAGCCAGGGAGACUCCAUUGUGGGUAACUCAGUAGCCUUAAUCAAGCCUGCGUGGCAAUAUCUUAGCUUUGUAGUAAUUCCCUAUGGUGCGGUUCAGCUUCAGGAAGCAAGAGGCUUCAGGAGGAAGAUAAAGCGUCUGGAAGAAACGAACAAGAAGCUGUCUCUGGAACUAGAACACGAACGUGGGAAGCUCACGGGCCUGGGCCAGUCCAACGUGGCUCUGCGAGAACACAAUCGCAUCCUCGAAGCGGCCUUGGCCAAGAGGGAAGCAGAUCUGGUGCAACUGAAUCUUCAGGUCCAGGCAGUGCUGAAGCGCAAGGAGGAGGAAGAUCAGCAGAUGAAACAGCUCAUCCAGGCAUUGCAGACGGCCUUGGAGAAAGAGAAGUCCAAAGUCAAAGACUUGAAGGAACAGGUCACGACAGCCAAAGCAGAAGCAGCGCAUAAUCGCCGUCACUAUAAAGCAGCUGCCCUCGAACUCAGUGAGAUUAACCGAGAACUCCAGGCCAAAGAAGCCGUCAUCCAAGCCCUCCAGGCUGAAGUGGAGAAACUUCAAGCCGCAGAUGGGAAGCAUUCAGAAGAAGUGGCCCAGUUCCAGCAGGAGUUGGCGGACGCCCGAUCCCAGCUCCUGCUUCUGCAGAAGCAGUUGGAUGAGGAACUCAGCAAGCAGCCUGUAGAAAAUCAAGAGGUGGAAGACCUCAAGUGGGAAGUAGAACAGAAGGAGAGAGAAUUGCAGGCUCUGAAGCAGCAGCUGGAACUGACUGAGCAACGGAGCCAGAAGGAGUUGGAAGGAGUACAACUGGUUCUCCAGAAUAUCAAGGCAGAGCUGGAGGUGGUCCGGGACGACUUGUCCUUCACGCAGAAAGAUAAGUUUAUGCUUCAAGCAAAAGUGUCUGAACUGAAAAACAGCAUGAAGACUCUUCUGCAGCAAAACCAGCAGCUGAAACUGGACUUGAAGCACGGGAGGAUGAAAAAGAGAAAAGAGCUGAAGGGAGAGACGAAUUCGAAUCCCGCGACUCCGGUGAAGAUUCCUGACUGCCCUGUCCCUGCGGCUUUGCUGGAAGAGCUUUUGAAACCUUCGUCUGCUGUGAGCAAAGAGCCUUUGAAGAAUCUCAACAGCUGCCUCCGACAACUGAAGGAGGAGAUGGACAGCCUUCAACGUCAGAUGGAAGAGCACACGGUAACAGUCCAUGAAUCUAUGUCUUCAUGGACUCAGAUAGAAGGGCAGCUAACGGACCUUAGCUUUAACUUCCCUCCAAUUGUGUCGGGCAACCAGAAUCUUCCUGCCAGAGAUCUACCAGAAGCGAAUCAAAGUGCUGUUGAAAAAGAAGCGUCAGUAUAGUGACAUCAUUACCUAUUUUCUUCAUGCCGUAGUUGCUUUAUAUAUAUAAAAAUCUUGAUGGAUGCUAUUUAUUGUUUUAAUUUUUUUUUAAAAAAGGAAACAUGUUUCAGAGUUCUCCAUCUGUUUUAGAUUUUAAGAACAGAAGGAUGCCAUAGUCAAAACAUUUGAAGGCAAUGGUUUAUUGUAACGUAUUUAACUUUGUCAGUGAUCCUCGAGGGGGGCGAUGCUGAUAAACUGAUAUUGAGUUGAAGCAGGGGAAAGAUGCGCCUGGAAAAAAAAAACCAAGAGAACUAGGAAAGAUGUUUCCCCAUUCAUAGCAAGAGAAAUCGAAUUUGGUUGCCUACCUAGACUGACUUUUAAUUGUAUAGAGUCCAUAUAUUUGGCCAAGGGACUUUAUGAUGACUUGGUCUGUUUCGGACCUGGGAAUGCAAAUCAGAAUCUUACACCCACCAGUGGCUGAUGAUUCGGUGUAGACCAACAUUUUUAGUUCAGAUUAGGGAUCCCCAAUCUAGGGUCCCCAGAUGUUU